GCGGGACAUUGCGAACAUCCCACAAACAUGGAACGGCAGCAUGACGAGGGCUUCAGCCUCCUAGAAGACCACGAAAUCGACGAGGCGAAGCGGUUCACGCCUUCACACAACCCAUGCCGACGCUCAAGCGCGCGCCCAGCAUGGUGCCAUAUCCUCCGCCGUCGGCGAAUUGCCCUCGUUCUGUUGUUUGUCACAUUCCUCAUUGGUGUCGGCGUCGUCCUCGUCACGCUGGUCCUCAAACUGAAGGACACGACGGUGGUAUUGCAAAGGCUGCAUUUACCUGACGUGUGCAACAAGACGUCGUUGGGUGCAGCAACACUGGAAUUCAGCAACCCGUCGUACUGCCAACCCGUGAUCGGGCCCAUUGCCGUCGUUGUCGACGCCGCCAACGGCAACAGUUCAACGAGGUUACUGAAUAUCGCUGUUCCUGAGUUUCCACUUGCUUCAGGCUCGUCCGUAGUUACGUCGAGCAUUACAUUCUCCAUCGUUGCGAACGCGUCGACGUGGCAGGAGGUGCUCUUCUCGAGCCCAGCACCACCGACGUUGUCUAUGACCGGCCACAUUCCCGUCCGUCUGUCGUGCUUACUGGUGCCGAUCACUGUGAUUCUAGACAUCCAUGACGUGCUUCAUGAGCCGUCGUCGGCGUCUUUCUCGUUGUCUGCGCUUUUCACUCGCGCGCUCUUCCAGCCCUUCGCCUCGCCAACGGACGGCGACAGCUUUGACAUUGCCGCCCGAGUGCGCCAGAUGAUUCAUGACAUUUUUCAGUCCAUUGCUCUCUCCGAAGGUCAUUUGGAGCAGGACAAAGACGGCGUGUAUCUCUUCACAGACGUCACGUUCCAGUACUCGUCCAGCAUCCAAUGGUCCCUCCCCGACUUGAGUUUCCAACUCAUCGAGUCGAACGCUGCCAACACAACCAAGUCGAAUGCAACGAUCUUGACCGCGGCGCUCUACGGCUUCACGCUCGGCGCUGGCGCCACGCACUUGGAUUCGUUUGCGUACCUCCGCCACGCCGACUCGCAGCCACUCCUGGAUGCCGUCACAACCUACCUCCGCGGCGACGAUGUCCAUCUCCAAGUUGUCGGCAACGACCCGCUCUCGGCGUGCUUUGCCCAGCGUCUGUGGAACGACAUGCACUACUCGUUCAAGAUCCCCGGCACCAUGGACGGCAAACCUGCGUUCUUGCGGCAGUACACCUUGGACCCGACCCUCAAGAAGCUCGACUCGACAACGCACACUUGCGACCUCCGAGUCGACGUCAACUUGACCAUCCACAACCCGUUGCCGUUCGAGCUGGUCCUGCGGCACGUUCAGUUCGACGUGCUGUAUCGGAACGUGAGUGAACCCCAGCACAAGCUCAUGGGGACUGCCGUCGACGUCACGGCGGUCGACUGGAAGAGCCACAUGGUGAACGACGUCGCGUUCAGCAUUGUCGUGACCGAUUUCGACGUGUGCGAAGACCUGUUGGUCCUGUUCCUGAACGAUGCCCUGGCGUUUGCGAUUCAGCGGGGGAACUUGACGCUCGAGUUUGCGGGGGGGAAAGCAUUCGACAUUCCCUUUCAAGUCGAUGACAUCCGCGUGCAUCCGCCGCCAGACGACAGCGCCAAGAUGGCGAUGCCAGACAUCGUGGAACAAGAGGAUAGGAUUCCACUCGGCAAUGUUGUUGUAGCACGUUAGGAAGUCGCAUGUAGUAGUAAAGUCGGCAACCUGUGUAUGUGUGUUGGUUGAGAUCGCCAUGUGAGCACGCGCAAGUGGCGACGUCUCUGUCGGACUCUCUCUGUCGUCGUCGCGGUGUCCUG